CCUCGGUGCCAGCCGGGGGAGGAGGGGGCAGAUAGCGCCGGCGGAGGGUAUAAAUGGAGGCCGAGGGCAUUAACGGUCCCACGGUGCGCCAGAGCUUCAUCGCCAGCUGACCGAGCCUCCCGACAGCCUGCAGAGAUGACUUUCAACGGAACCUGGAAGGUGGACCGCAGCGAGAACUACGACAAGUUCAUGGAGCAGAUGGGUGUCAACGUCGUGAAACGGAAGCUGGCGGAACACGACAACCUCAAGAUCGGCAUCGAGCAGAACGGAGACAAGUUCCACAUCAAGGAGUCGAGCACCUUCAGGACCAAAGAGAUCGACUUCACGCUGGGCGUCCCGUUCGACUACUCUCUGGCCGACGGCACCGAAGUCUCAGGAGCGUGGGAGAUGGAGGGCGACAUGCUGAAAGGCAAGUUCACCCGCAAAGACAACGGCAAAGCCCUGACCACCACCAGAGUCAUAGUGGGCGGAGAGAUGGUGCAGACCUACAUCUACGAAGGCGUCGAGGCCAAGAGGAUCUUCAAGAAGCAGUAACCGGGUUUUAUUACUUUUAUAGAGAUGACACAGUUUGGAUUGUUGUUGUUUUUUUUCUAACAAUAGGACACAAGUGAAGAUAUUUUAUUACCUCAAAAUGUUGGCAAAGUUUAGAGGAACGAACCGAUGUGUAGAAGAAGGAAGAUGAUGUAAUGAGACCAGUUAAAGGGUCAGUUCACCACAGAUCACCAUACUUCUGACGCCUCCAGUGAGUUUGACUUGUGUUUGAGGAACCCCAGCGUUAAAAACUCAGCAGCUGAAACAAAACCUCCAAUUGCUCAAGAUGAUCCACAGCAACACUCUAGACUGGGAUUCCCAACUAAAACCAACACAUUUUGGUGGAUUUUCCAACAGAAGAGACGCAAAUCUGUCCAGUUAUUGUAAAACCAUCGUGUUAAAUGCACUGUUUUCUGUGUUUUGGUUGAACUUUCCCUUUAACUGUAGCAGCAGCUCCACAGUAGAGCAGCACAGUGUGGGUUAAACACAGUAGAUGUUGGGAUCCAGUUGAUUUGCACUAAUGGAACCGAUUCUGUUUGUUGUUUUACAAUAAAGCAGCUUCAUGUGUCUCA